UCACCCUCAUCACAACCAUCAUCUGCAACGUCCUCAUCAUCGUCAUCAUCAGGAAGCCAGAUACCCAGUGAUUCAUCUACAAAACCUGUAAAAGAAGAGUCAUUUGAUGAGAUUAAAAGCAGGGGGAAUGAGCAUGUGAAAAAUUCAGAGUUUAAGCCAGCUAUAGAGUGCUACACCCGCUGUAUAGAGUUAGAUCCCAGACAGACUGUCAGCUACACCAAUCGGGCGCUGUGUUACAUCCGAAUCAACCAACCAGAACAAGCGGAACAGGACUGUACCACGGCACUGUCAAUAGAAGAGGACAAUGUGAAAGCUCUGUUCAGGAGGGCACAGGCCAAAAAGAUGCUUAAGAAGUUCAAAGACAGUUUAAGUGACUUGGUUCACUUACUGCGGGUCGACAACAAAAAUACAGCUGCCAAACGAGAACUAGAGCUGGUCAAGGACUACUGGCGAGAGGAAUUAAAAUCUCGUCCACCCCAAAGCUCCAGCAGUGAUUCAAAUGAAGACGAGGCAAAGCCAUCCAAGGAAGAUAAGAAGUCAAAGGUGAAAGGUCAAUCCUCAACCAAUCAGAAAUCUUCUCAGCCCCAAACAACUUCAAAAGGCAGUUUGCCAAAAUCUAAACAUCAGGAAGCCAGCAAGAGUGAAGAGAAGCCUGAGCCAAAGAAGGGGAAACAGAAAACCAGGAAACGAAUGGUUAUAGAGGAAGUAGAGUCUGAAGAAAAGCAAGAGGAGAGUAAACAAGGAGCUCCAAAGGAGACACAGAAAUCAUCCAAUCAGCCCAGUGUAAUACAAACCACCCAGGAACCUGGUGCCAGUCCUAAACAAACUGGUUCCUCCCCUAGUCAACAACCUGGUCCCAAGGCCAAACCAGCCAACCAAUCAAGUCAUCAAGAACCGAAGUCUAAAAAGAAAGGCAAGAAAAACAAGUCUACAGUGGAACAAACAUCAUCGCAAAAAUCCUCAGAAACAUCGUCGGCUACAUCAGAGAAAUCAUCAACUUCACAAAAAUCAUCAUCCACUCCGGUGCCUCCCAGUAAAGCCAAUCAGAAAUCCGGUGUUAAACCGACGAGUGCUGGACUUCCGGUGGUUCCCCCGGCAGCACCGAAGUUAGAGAAGGCCACUCCAUACGAGUUCAUUCAGGCAUGGAAUUCCCUGAAGAAUGUGACAGACACACAACCGUACGCUGAUUUGUUGAGACAGAUUUCCCCUAAAGAUCUACCUCAAGUUAUAAGUAAUAAACUUGAUGGUCCAAUGCUGAACAAAAUCACAAAGUGUGUGGCAGAAAAAUUCAUCACCCAAGGUGAUGUGGAUUUGAGCUACAGUGUUCUGUAUCAUUUAACCAAGGUUCCACGAUUUUCUAUGAAUGCCAUGUUUUUAUCUACGGCUGAAAAGAAAGAUAUCCAGACUGUCAUUUCAAAUCUACAGAAAUCACCUUCUGGACUAUUUGGUAACAAGGAGCUGUCCAGUCUGAAAAAAGAAUAUGGUGUUUAAUUGAAAAACAGUUAAAAAAUUAUACAGAGUCAAUACAAAAAUAAUGUCCUCAUUUUUUCAGUUACGAUUUCAAUUUGUUUCUUUUUAAUAAAAGAUUUUAAUUUUACAUAUCUAGAUUUGCUGUACUUUGAAAAUUUAUAUCAUAAAGAUGUGUUUGCAAAUAUCCAUAUUUACAUGACUGCACUGUUAAAAGAAACAUGACUGCACUUUUAAAUCUGGUGCAUGCAUGUCAAACAAAGACCUUGAACUGACAUAAAAUGCAUUGUUUGUUAUCAAAUAUUUCUCUUUGUAUAUUUUAUAAAAAAGUGUUUUAAUGAUCCCAAUAUUAUGCAAUCUGUUGCACUUGCUGUGAAUCAUUAUGAAAAAUUAUGUGCUUGCUUUUUGUUUUGCUAUUACAAGCUCUGAUGUUUUUAGAAUGGUACAGCUUUCUGUGAAGUGAUUAUGAAGCCCUGUAUCUUCUAUGUGGUUGUUACAGAUGAUGCUGUAGAUUUGUGAGACUGUUUUUCUCUACGGUUUUUAGCUGCGCGUACCUUUCUAUAUGAGACACCGCAGGUGUUUGUCAUACUCUAUCUUAUUCACGUGUGGUAUUUACUGUCUUAGGUCUGUAAUUACUUCCCUGAUUAAUUAAUUAAUUUCCAUAUUAUAUUGCCCUUGUUUCCUUCAUCAAAUCUGUCUUUUGACAUUUAAAUUUUUUCAGACAAUGAGUAAUAUUAGCAAAACUCCCAUUUUUUAAGAGCAUAUAAUGUGUUUUCUCUUUUUUGUUUUGCCUUAAAUAUUAAUUUUCACACUGUUUCAGUGGAUAUUUUUUGUCAAGUUGCAAUAAAUGUUAGAAAAGGUGUCUGCUAUGGUUAUAAUGAGCGUGGUAUUAAUGGGUAUGAUUCAUUAAUAAAAACGGCUAUAUAAAGCCGCAUGUACAAGUUUUGGUUGGUUUAAUUUGUAGAUAAAAAAACAAUGCUGUAACAACACUUUUGUAAACGAAUGUUGUGCUUGGUGCAACAUGUAUCUAAUAAAAAAUCAGGUUGUACAUUUUGUGAUCCACCCAGCAUGUAUAUAAUAAGAAAUAAGGUUCUUCACUAAAUGACAAUAUUGAACAUUAUAUAUGUAUGAAAAUUUG